CUACAGGCAGUAGAUACGGACAUCCCAGGCCUGUCAGUUCUUUAAGUUGCGGAGAGAAACUCCGGAGCCGAGUGGGGUAACUGGAUGCUUCUCCAAAUGGAGCAGGAAAAGUGGAGAUAGAUAAAAUAUUCAAACUUCACUCGACUAUCGAAGAGUGGCCAUGGGUGAUACGGAUGUGGAGCUCUCCCCGGCUCAGGCAGAGGAACUUCAGCAAAGCCCCUCCGCCUCAUCUACCUCCUCCUCCUCCUUGCCCUCCUCUCCCUCCUGCAAUCACCUCCUUCAGCCUGUCAGCCCUGGUAGCAGCGGGGGAAGCCCACGGGGUGGCAGCCCGCCCCUGGGCGUCAUUUCUGAAGGAGUGAGCGAGCUCAGCGUGGUCAUCGACCCCGAGGUGGCCAAGAAGGCCUGCCAGGAGGUCCUGCAGAAGGUCAAGCUCCUCAAGGUCGAGGGCGAGGGCGUGGGGGGAGGCACAGAGAAGGGUCUGGUCAAUGGCAGCGCCCACCCAGAGGCCAAAGAGGGUGGAGGGAGCAAACCUCCCAAAAUCCGGGAGGAAGAGGAGGAGCCCCUCCCGGGCACGGUGAAGAGCGCCCGCCGCCGGCAGAAGAACAACUCCUCCAAGCAGUCCUGGCUCCUGCGGCUCUUCGAGUCCAAGCUCUUCGACAUCUCCAUGGCCAUCUCCUACCUCUACAACUCCAAGGAGCCUGGCGUGCAGGCCUACAUCGGCAACCGCCUCUUCAGCUUCCGCUACGAGGACGUGGACUUCUACCUGCCCCAGCUCCUCAACAUGUACAUCCACAUGGAUGAGGACGUGGGCGACGCCAUCAAGCCCUACGUGGUGCACCGCUGCCGGCAGAGCAUCAGCUUCUCCCUGCAGUGCGCCUGGCUGCUGGGCGCCUACUCCUCCGACAUGCACAUCUCCACCCAGCGCCACUCGCGGGGCACCAAACUGCGCAAGCUCAUCCUCUCGGACGAGCUGAAGCCCGCCAGCCAGCGCCUGCGCCGGGAGCUGCCCCCGCCCCCCUGCCCGCCCCCCGUCCUCAGCCACGCCCACGCCGAGCACGGCCUCUCCCCUUCCAAGCGCACGCACCAGCGCUCCAAAUCGGACGCCACCGUCAGCAUCAGCCUCAGCAGCAACCUGAAGAGGACGGCCAGCAACCCCAAGGUGGAGAGCAGUCAGGAUGAGGGUUUGAGCUCCAGCACUGAGAGCCUUGACUCAGAGACUGGUACACCGGUGCGCUUGACCCCCCAACGAGAGUUCAUCAAGUCCCUGAUGGGCAUCGGGAAGCGUCUGGCCACCUUGCCUACCAAGGAGCAGAAGACCCAGCGGCUCAUUUCCGAGCUCUCCCUGCUGAACCACAAGCUGCCUGCCCGUGUCUGGCUGCCUACGGCCGCGUUCGACCACCACGUGGUGCGCGUGCCCCACACUCAGGCAGUGGUGCUCAACUCCAAGGACAAGGCACCGUACUUGAUCUAUGUGGAGGUGCUAGAGUGCGAGAACUUUGAGACGUCCAGCGUGCCGGUGCGAAUCCCGGAGACGCGUAUCCGCAGCACGCGCUCGGUGGAGAACCUUCCGGACUGCGGCAUCACGGCCGAGCAGCGUGCCAGCAGCUUCUCCACCGUGCCCAACUACGACAACGAUGACGAGGCCUGGUCUGUCGACGACAUAGGCGAGCUGCAGGUGGAGCUCCCAGAGAUCCACACCAACAGCUGUGACAACAUCUCCCAGUUCUCUGUGGACAGCAUCACCAGCCAGGAGAGCAAGGAGCCUGUGUUCAUCGCCGCAGGAGACAUCAGGCGGCGUCUGUCGGAGCAGCUGGCUCACACCCCCACCACGUUUAAGAGGGACCCAGAGGACCCCUCAGCUGUGGCCCUCAAGGAGCCCUGGCAGGAGAAGGUCCGGCGGAUAAGAGAAGGCUCUCCCUACGGCCAUCUGCCUAACUGGCGUCUGCUGUCAGUCAUUGUGAAGUGUGGGGAUGACCUUCGACAAGAGUUGCUGGCCUACCAAGUCCUGAAACAGCUACAGUCGAUCUGGGAGCAGGAGCGGGUUCCCCUCUGGAUCAAGCCCUACAAGAUACUGGUGAUCUCCUCGGACAGCGGCAUGAUCGAGCCGGUGGUCAACGCCGUGUCCAUCCAUCAGGUGAAGAAGCAGAGCCAGCUGUCGUUGCUGGACUACUUCCUGCAGGACCACGGCAACUACACCACCGAGGCCUUCCUCACCGCCCAGCGCAACUUUGUGCAGAGCUGCGCCGGCUACUGCCUCGUCUGUUACCUGCUGCAGGUCAAGGACAGGCACAAUGGGAACAUCUUGCUGGACUCGGAAGGCCACAUCAUCCACAUUGACUUUGGCUUCAUCCUCUCCAGCUCUCCCCGCAACCUGGGCUUUGAGACGUCAGCCUUCAAACUCACUAGCGAGUUUGUGGAUGUUAUGGGUGGCCUGGAUGGGGACAUGUUUAACUACUACAAGAUGCUGAUGCUGCAGGGUCUGAUUGCUGCACGGAAGCACAUGGAGAAAGUGGUCCAGAUUGUGGAGAUCAUGCAGCAAGGCUCACAGCUGCCCUGCUUCCACGGCUCCAGCACCAUACGUAACCUGAAGGAGCGCUUCCACAUGAACCUCACAGAGGAGCAGCUGCAAGUCCUGGUGGAGCAGAUGGUGGACGGGUCCAUGCGCUCCAUCACCACCAAGCUGUACGACGGCUUCCAGUACCUCACCAACGGCAUCAUGUGAACGAACACACACAUACACACACACAGGCGCACAGAACGGGACUCGCGUAGAGACCGAGACUGAAGCAGACUGAGGAGCACACGUCUUGUAAUGUCCGCGCCUCUGCUGUCACGACCUUGUGUGUGUUGUCCCUACCUGUGGACUGAUAUCGCUGGGCUUGCUCCUGGAUUUUUUUUUUUUUUUUUUUUAUACCUUGACGGAUGAAGCCCCAGCUUUGUAGUUCUCAUGUGUCUCCUUCCUCCGUGUUGACUCUUGGCCACAUCCCUUUACAUGCUUCCCCCCACCUGCAUUUUUUCCUUUGUCUUCAUUUAUUCUCACCCCCAGUUUUUAAUUUGUCCAGAUGCCGGGGGCUUUGGGGACACCCUUCCACUCUCAUGUACGACACCUGUCUGAUUUUUCCUACCCCAUUCACCUGCUAGCCGUGUUUCCUUUCCUGUCCGACCCCCUGCCUUUGAGGGCGUGUGUCUCUAAUGGAAUUCCUCCAUUGUGUACAUACUAUGCAUCAUCCCUGCAGGUGUGAAGGAUCGUUCCACACUGAUCCCAGGAAGGUUUACAACUGUAAAUCAAAGUCUUGCUGCGAUGCCAUGGAUCUGGACUGAGACUCAUUGUGACGUGAGAAGACCAUGGGCAGACUUAAAACACAGCAAGACUGCAGAAUUUCACUGGCUUCCCCUUAUUCAGGGUCCAGUAUUCACAACAAAUAUGGUCUGAGGGGUUCAAUGACAUCAGCACUGGCUUGACAGGUCCCAUCCAGUUCAGUGCAAGUCUUUGCUUUGAAUGUUCUACAGUAUUGUUAAAGCCUGCUUCAACAGUAGUGUGUCAGUGCUACAUUAAUUGGGGCAGACUGCAGGGUCUAAUGACAGUGGUCCUGUGUUGAUCUCAUAGAACUGGACUAGGGGUUUUGGGAGUAUAAUGUGAUAUGGGGCCAAAUAAGUAGACAUUAUUUAUUGCCCCCGUACAAAGCUUUACAAAAUAAUUAGAACACUUGCAGACAUCCUAUUGCGUAAUAGGCAUGAUGCAAAUGUAAGUAACAUUUCUAGUUUGUUGUAGAGUUUUUAAAAUGAGAAUGUGUUUUUAAGAUAUUAGAAGCACAAAGAAAAAUCCCUACAGUCCUUAAGCAUAGAUGUUUUAGUGGACUAAUUUUAUAAUACUGCACAUAGUAUACCACAGACAUUUUUGCGCAUUUCAGGUACGUAACAUCCCUCACUCAUGCUAAUUUUGCCCAUGUGUAUGCAUUAAUCAUAGUCAGUACCUGUUCAGGAAGUGUAAAUGAGAUUUUGGACAGUUCUAAAAUGUUGCAGUCAAAGUUCAGAACUCUCCCUCUGUUGGUGUUAUAUGGAAUGUGUAGCCGUGGUGGCCUGGUAUGCACAUCUACCCUGGGCUGUGACUUGCAGUCUGAUUUUAUGCUUCAAAGUCAAUGCUGGAAGAGGGGAGAGGUGUGGUUGUUUUUCCUGAACACACUGAUGUAUAAAGUCAGAUAUUGGAUGUCAGGUGCCUUGAAGAAGAAAAGGAACCUGGCUGCCCAGUCACACACUGAGCCACAUAAUUCAUUCCUGGCCAAUAAGCAGGGCCAGGUAAUUUGUCUUUCUUGAAAUAGCAGUGUGGAAGGGUAACAACAAAUCCUCCCCAACAUUUCGUGCACAUAAUCCCUAAAUUGGCAUAUUUCCUAAAGUGGCAAGAGGUAUUAAAACAAGUGAAGAAAUGCAUUUCAAGAUGAACUGCUGGGUGGGAAGGCAGUGUAAGAAGAGUUUCAAGAAUCUGUUGGGUUGAAAUUCUCUACACGUUUUACAGAAAUUCACUAACACAAUAGAGGCAAAUGUAUUUAAGAAGCCUUUUGGAAAUGCAAUGGCACAUCUGGAAAAGCAAGAUUCACUUUAAUACUUAAACCACUAAAAAAGAUGAUCAAAGACAGAAGCGCCUGAUGCUUGCGGAAGGUCAUCUGUACUCUGAAUGCAGAGUCAAACAACUGAGAAUUCUAUAUUAUAUGGCUGUCCCUUCUCUCCACCAGUUUUUUUUUAUUGUGACUUCGGUCGAGAUUGAGGUAUUUUCUCUAAAGAUUAGCUCAGUGUUUGCGGUGGGAGGCGAUGAACAUGUUUCUGUUCUCUUCAGAACUGAAUGAUCUUUGUCUGCUUGAUUGUUUUAUUUGUUCCUGGAACAAAAUUGUACCACCUGUCCCUGUCUGGUCACCUGUAUUGGUUUCUCCUUCACCACUCCACAAAUCUUAGCAGAGGCUCAGAGUCUUCUCCACUUUCCUUUACAAUGAAUCAGUGGGGGAUGAGCCUGCUGACAUCACUGCUUUCCUGUUUGUAACUUCCUCAGUUGCUCUAUUUUUACUUGUUUUCUUUGUUUCUUUGUCAGUUCCCAUCUCCCUGAUUAACUGUCUUUUAAUGGACCAGGUCUUACGAUCACGUGAAUGACCUCCCUUAACUUGUGAAUGUCUCUUUGUAUAAUAAAUUAAAUUUUCUUGUCUCAGUAUAGCUGUGCAAAAUAUUAACACAAUACAAAUGUGGCAUAAGGAACCCAGUUCAUAUGCAUGU